AUGUCUGGAGUUCCAUCGCAGAGUAGAUCACGUAGGAUUAUACAGCGUGGAGACCUACAUCGUCAGGCGAGAGAUCGUAGGAGAGAACUCGAAUCUGCUUAUGUUGCUACAUCCAUACCUAGCAUUGGGGAGUUUACUCCAGUUAGAGAUAUAGACGCAAAUCGACAAGCACCUACAAAGGAAAAUGAUUUACAGACGACCCCCCCUUCACACUCCUUACCUUCUGGACAAUCAUCAUUGCAUUCACGAUCCUCUGUUCGCACUCGAGGCCCCAAUACUGCCCAUAAGCUGAUGCCUGAUGUUGAAAAGGGAGAGAAGGCAUGGCCUUUGUAUCUCAAUAAUAGGGGCCGUCCCAUUGGUGACUAUGCUGAGAAAUGGGGAAAGUAUGUUGGUGAGGAGAGCCGUAAGUACUGCAAAUAUCCUCUCCAUUUAGAAUGGGGUGAUGAACAUAAUAGGUCAUUUGACGAUUUCUUUAUAACAUGUCAGAUGUAUUAUGAGUUUCUCCCCCUAGAUCCUAAUCAACCUCUCUCCCAUCAUAUUGUUUAUCGGGGAAUAAAGUCUCAGUUGCAGGAGAGGGUCCGAUAUAAUAGGUGUCAAAUUGAUAAAGACUCAUGGGAUAAGUUGUGUGCUUAUUAUGAUUCAGAGGACAAGAAGAAGGAGGCAAGACGUAAUGUGCAGAAUCGGGCGUCAAAUUUGCAUGGUCGAGCAACCUAUACAGGUGGCUCGAGGAACAUGUGUCGGGCUAUGGAUCAAGUGAAAGCUCAAAUCAUUGAGGAUGGUGGCACACCUACAAUGUUGAGACUAUAUUUGGGUACCCACUCGUCAUCGGUAGAUAAGGUCACCGGAGAGUAUAUAUACCCGGACAACAACACUAAGGAGUAUUGCAAUCGAGUCAUUGAGGAGGCAACCUUAUCCGGGGCCGAUUCAACAACAGAGGAUGAUGCACUUUAUUUCACCCAGAUGUUAGAUUCCCUGCACGGAGGACAUCACGGUGGUUAUGAAAGAGCCAUGGGCAUUGGUGCCACUCGGACUUACUUGAGGGCAUCCUCCAUACCGGAAUUUAGCACUUCUAAUCAGGAGCUACAUCGCGAGGUGGCUGAUCUUAGAACUCGGGUAGCUGAGAUGGAUAGUCUUAGAGCUCGGGUAGCUGAGAUGGAUAGUCUUAGAGAGGAGCUUAGGUCUCAGAUGCAUUGGAUUAAUAACAAUAUGGUUAAUUCUCAGGGAGCUCGUCCUGCCCCCACUCCUAAUGAUCCCCCAGCUUUUACUCGUCCUGCUCCAAUUCCUCAGCCCGUUGCCGAUAUACCACAUUCUGGUCGUCCUGCUUCAACUGCUAACACUUCUACUUCUAGUGCUCAAGGUUUGUCACGGGAGAAUCUUGCUAAGAUAUUUGCAGUCUUGAGGGGUUCGGGCUUGUCCCAGGAGGACAUUCUUCGAGGAAUUUCUUCUGUUCAAUGACUGGAUGGAUCAAGCCACUCCUAUAUUAUAUUUUGGAUGUGUAUGAGUAAUUUUGGAUAUUAGAGACAUAUAUAUAAUAAUAUAUAUUUUCAUUGUGUAUGUAUAUAUACUAUUGGAUAUUUAGCAUUGUUUGAGACA